AUGGCGGCGGCGCGGUCCGGCGGGAGCGCGGUGCUGCGGCGGCUGCUGCGGGGCGGCGGGGCGGCCCCCGGCGGAGCGCGGGGGUACUCGAGGGACGCCGAGGGCAGCUGGUUCCGCUCCCUCUUCGUGCACAAAGUGGAUCCCCGCAAGGACGCCCAUUCCAACCUCCUCUCCAAGAAGGAGACCAGCAGCCUCUACAAGAUCCAGUUUCACAACGUGAAGCCGGAGUGCCUGGACGCCUACAACAACCUGACAGAGGAGGUGCUGCCCAAGCUGCACUCGGACGCCGACUACCCCUGCGACCUGGUGGGGAACUGGAACACGUGGUACGGCGAGCAGGACCAGGCAGUGCACCUCUGGCGCUUCUCGGGCGGGUACCCGGCCCUCAUGGACUGCAUGAACAAGCUCAAGCAGAAUAAGGAGUACCUGGACUUCCGCAAGGAGAGGAGCCGGAUGCUGCUGUCCCGCAGGAACCAGCUGCUCCUGGAGUUCAGCUUCUGGAACGAGCCCCUGCCUCGCCGGGGACCCAACAUCUAUGAGCUGAGGACCUACAAGCUGAAGCCAGGGACCAUGAUCGAAUGGGGCAACAACUGGGCUCGGGCCAUUAAGUACCGGCAGGAGAACCAGGAGGCGGUCGGCGGGUUCUUCUCCCAGAUCGGGGAGCUCUACGUCGUGCACCACCUCUGGGCCUACAGGGACCUGCAGUCCCGGGAGGAGACACGGAAUGCGGCCUGGAGGAAGAGGGGCUGGGACGAGAACGUGUACUAUACCGUCCCGCUGAUCCGGAGCAUGGAGUCGCGGAUAAUGAUUCCCCUGAAGAUUUCGCCCCUGCAGUGAGCGGCAGGGGGGGGGUCUGCGCCGGGGUCUCCCCCUGCGCCCGCAGGACCUGGCUCCCUGC